GGUUGUCUGCGCAGCGGUGGCGGCGAGGCAGCUGUGCAGCCCUGGCUUGCAGCGAAGCCGCGUUUUUUGCCCUCGUCGUAUCUGGCCCUGCAAGGCGACGACUCUUAAGGCCGUCGCACGCACGAGUAACGGCCAGCGCUUCCAAAUUAGCCUGUGCAAAAAUUCGGCCGUGCUUUGCGUAGUGACACACUAGUUUGUCGACUGCAAACAACAGGUGCAAGCCGCCGUUCCCGGUGUUUUCGAUAGUGUGAACGCACAUUGUUGUCGCCUACUGGUCCACAUCAUUGCCUCGAGAGCGCUGUGGCGCGCUGCGUUUGCACAGCCCCAUCCAGAGCUGUCAGUGCCUGAACCACCGAUUAGAGCCACAGCACGCGCUAAACUGGUCGAGGCACGCAUGCGGGCGGAUACCAUGCCGGUGCGGUAGCGAUGCCCUCCAUGUUCCUCCAGGUGCAGCCGCUCGACGACGCGGCGAGCCCGCCGCUGCCGUCGUCGGAAAUGGUCAUAGUCAUGGCGACGGUCGUAUCCAAGUUGAUCGACGAGGACGCGAGGGACAACGUCACGAAGUUCUGCGCGCUCACACCUCCAGCAAUAUCUGUGCGAAGUUACUUAGAGAGAAUAGGCCAGUACGCGGAUUGCUCCCCCGGGUGCUUCGUCUUGAGCAUGGUCUACAUCGACCGGCUGGGCAUGCGGCUGUCUCCAUUGAAUGUGCACCGUUUAUUAAUCACGGCGGUCUGCGUCGCGUCGAAGUUUCUGGACGAUUCAUUUUAUCCGAACAGCUUCUACGCGCAGCUCGGCGGUAUUCCCUUGGAGGAGCUGAAUCGACUCGAGGUGGAGUUCCUCUUCUCGCUGAACUUCUCGCUGCACGUCUCGCCCUCGGAAUACGACCGCUACUACGCGGGGUUGAGGCUGCGGAGCGCGUCCUGACUGUUCCGCGCCGAACCAAGGAUAGUGUGUAAAUGUCUUAGGC